AUGGGAUAUCAACAUGGCCAGCUGUUAGACAUUCCACUUGACGAAAAUCGUUUCAAUCUUUCAGUUCCAGCGUUGGCUGCAUUUGGUGCUGGUGCCAGUCACGCAGCUUUGCCCGUAAUUUCUGAAAUUUCACUUAUGGUUCAAAACCCUGCUGUUAAAGAACGUACUUUCAAUUUACCAUCCUUGGUUGCUCUUGGUUCUGGACCUGUAAUCGCAACUCUAUUAACCACAUACUCAUGUCUUCUAAAAGUCUUGCCGCUUGCCGUUCGCUGCUUUCCCUGGAGUUGGUGUCUUUCCAAAAUAGCAUAG